GCGCGUGAGCGGAGUGGUCUCUGUCGGCAUCCUAGACAGUCAGAGCAGAGCCCUCAAAUUGGAGUUAUCACAGAGCGGCAACACCCAAUCAUUCACGCUGGGCUCUUCUCAAAUCCGCCGUGUCUUUCCCAACUGUUCUCUCGUGAGUCUAUUUUGUUGAAUUUGGACGGAUUCUUUUGCAAUUAUUGCAUUUCAUUCGACUUAAAACAAUCAAAGUAGUUUUCAGUAUUUUGAUUCUCCCCUUGAUCUUGCUAAUGCGGGUGCGCAGCAAGUUUACCGAACCUUCAAACUUGCUCCAUAUGAUUCGGAAGUAAAGCACGUGACGUUACCUGGGAUUGAGUGCACCUGGUAUAAAGUCAAUUACCAUGUUAGGAUCAUUUAUACGGAGGACGGAGUCGAUUGGAGCGUGUAUUUCAUGUUGAACAAUAUGCGCUUUCAUAACUGAUAUCGAAAUGUGGGGAAGUUCUCUGCCGAUGGACACAAGCCGAACACAGCGGAGACCAGCCAUGCUCCUGGAUGGGUGAGGUCCCUGCCAACCCAGUCGGCCAGUGAAACACACCCCCCACCCCUCUCCUCCCAACCAGGGUCCCCCAGAGGAGCAGCAGGGAUGUACCAGGAGGUGGCCUUCCUAGCGGGCAGCACAGAAAAAGAGUUCACGCCCUUCCACUUCCCCCUGGAGAACCAGCAGGAGGUGGUCACUAAGAAGGGUGUGUUCUUUAAACGUCAACGACUGCUGCGGAGGCCCAAUGAGGCGCAGGAGGAGAACGACCUGUCAGCCGUCAUCAAUGUAGGCGGGAUCAGGUACCGUAUCCCCUGGUCCGUUCUGGAGGAGUUCCCUCUGACGCGGCUGGGCCGGCUGAGGAGCUGCAGCUCAUUGGAUGAGAUCAUGGAGGUGUGUGACGACUACGACGACGGGCGCCAGGAGUUCUUCUUCGACCGCAGCCCAUCUGCGUUCCGCACCAUUGUGACGUUCCUGGCGGCAGGGCGGCUCCGACUGCUGAGGGAGAUGUGUGCCCUGUCCUUCCAGGAGGAGCUUGUCUACUGGGGCCUGGAGGACACCAGGCUGGAGUGGUGCUGCCUCAGGAAGCUACGCAUCAGACAGGAGGAGCUCAAGGAGCAGCUGAGGAUGGAGGAGGAGGAAGCAGAGCUCACCACCACCCUGACCCCCCAAAGCUGUGAGGAUGGGCUUGGGCCCCCCGGGGCGGGGGGGGAGGAGGAGGAGAGCCGCACAGCGGGGUGUAUGCGCAGGCUCCACGACAUGGUGGAGAACCCUCAAUCUGGACUUCCUGGGAAGAUCUUUGCCUUUCUGUCGGUGGUGUUUGUGGCCAUCACCGCGGUAACACUCUGCAUCAGUACCAUGCCUGACCUCAGGGAGGAGGAGGAGAGGGGUGAGUGUUCUCAGAGGUGCUACAAUAUCUUUGUCCUGGAGACGGUGUGUGUGGCCUGGUUCUCUCUGGAGUUCCUGCUGCGCUUCAUCCAGACGCCGAGCAAGUGUGUGUUCCUGAAGACGCCCCUCAACAUCAUCGACGUGGUGGCCAUCCUGCCCUACUACAUUACCUUGAUCGUAGACUCUCUGUCUGAGGGAGGGGAGAAGCCCAGCGGCGGGAACAACUACCUGGAGAAGGUGGGCCUGGUGCUGCGGAUACUCCGGGCCCUGAGGAUCUUCUACGUGAUGCGUCUGGCGCGCCACUCCCUGGGGCUGCAGACCUUAGGCCUGACGGUUCGACGCUGCACCCGCGAGUUCGGUCUGCUCCUCCUUUUCCUGUGUGUUGCCAUGGCACUUUUCUCCCCUCUGGUGUUCCUGGCGGAGAGCGAGAUGGGCGCCAAGUAUGACUUCACCAGCAUCCCUGGCACCUACUGGUGGGCGGUGAUCUCCAUGACAACGGUGGGGUACGGGGACAUGGUGCCGCGGAGCAUCCCGGGUCAGGUGGUGGCGCUCAGCAGCAUCCUCAGUGGGAUCCUCCUGAUGGCGUUCCCCGUCACCUCCAUCUUCCACACGUUCUCUCGGGCCUACCUGGAGCUGAAGGAGGAGCAGAACAGAACGCUGAGACAGAAACCAGACUUCCAGGACUCCACCAAGUCUCAGAACAGCGAGGACUCGGCCGAGACCGACAGUUAUCAUGGCAUCACUGAGGCCGCCGCCUCAGCAUUACGCAAGAAGUCCAUCGCCAUUGCGUCACAGAGGAGGGCCAUGCAGACUCAAGACUGAGUGUGUGUGUGUGCAAUGUGAGAGCCUGAGGUUGUGCAGUGCUCUGUGAGAAACGACUACUAAAGCUAGAGGACUCUAAACAGGGAUUGGAUGUUUUUCUCGAGCUUAAGAAGAAAAGGAGCUCCGGCGUUUGUGAUCCUCAUAGCUCUGUCCAUCAGACGUCAAUAGAGUUUCUAAGAUUUUAUAAGACAGCUGCAAAAGUAUUUUUGCUGACAUUAUUGGUGAAGAGCUGACCAGAAGAUAAAAAGACAAGUUCUCUGUGGUCAAAGGACAUUUCACCCAGGAGUAUAGAAGCCCUACAACACAGGAGAAUAGCCCUGCAACACAGCAUGGGGAGAAAGCUUCUCUCUCACAAAUAUUCAGUAUGGUAAAGAUAUUAUUUUAGUGGAAAAACACCUUUGAUUAAAAUAUUAUAAUGUUGGUAUAUAUUUAGGAUAAGAAAGAUUGCAAUAAGAUAAGUGCAAUAAGAAAGAUUGACGAUUAACACAUUUUACAGAUUUCUGAAUGCUUAGUUUGCUUCUAUCUAGACUCGGGAUCUGCAUAUUUUAAUAAAUGUAAGGAAACUAUGA